AUGACUGUUAACCAACAUGGAUCAGGCCACAUAACUGCUAACCACUAUGGAUCAGGCCGCAUGACUGCUAACCACCAUGAAUCAGGCCGCAUGACUGCUAACCACCAUGAAUCAGGCCACAUGACUGCUAACCACCAUGGAUCAGGCUCCAUAACUGCUAACCACCAUGGAUCAGGCCACAUGACUGCUAACCACCAUGAAUCAGGCCACAUGGCUGCUAACCACCAUGAAUCAGGCUACAUAACUGCUAACCACCAUGGAUCAGGCCACAUAACUGCUAACCACCAUGGAUCAGGCCACAUGACUGCUAACCACCAUGAAUUAGGCCACAUAACUGCUAACCACCAUGAAUCAGGCCACAUGACUGCUAACCACCAUGAAUCAGGCCGCAUGACUGCUAACCACCAUGAAUCAGGCCACAUGGCUGCUAACCACCAUGAAUCAGGCUCCAUAACUGCUAACCACCAUGGAUCAGGCCACAUGACUGCUAACCACCAUGGAUCAGGCCACAUGGCUGCUAACCACCAUGAAUCAGGCUACAUAACUGCUAACCACCAUGGAUCAGGCUACAUAACUGCUAACCACCACGAAUCAGGCUCCAUAACUGCUAACCACCAUGGAUCAGGCCACAUGACUGCUAACCACCAUGGAUCAGGCCACAUGGCUGCUAACCACCAUGAAUCAGGCUACAUAACUGCUAACCACCAUGGAUCAGGCCACAUAACUGCUAACCACCAUGGAUCAGGCCACAUGACUGCUAACCACCAUGAAUUAGGCCACAUAACUGCUAACCACCAUGGAUCAGGCCACAUGACUGCUAACCACCAUGAAUCAGGCCGCAUGACUGCUAACCACCAUGAAUCAGGCCGAAUUACUGCUAACCACCAUGGAUCGGGCGGAAUGACUGCUAACCACCAUGGAUCAGGCCGCAUGACUGCUAACCACCAUGGAUCAGGCGGCAUGACUGCUAACCACCAUGGAUCAUGCGACAUGACUGUUAACCACCAUGAGUCAGGCAGCAUGAUUUUUGACCACCAUGGAUCAGGUGGCAUGACUGCUAACCACCAUGAGUCAGGCAGCAUGAUUUUUGACUACCAUGGAUCAGGUGGCAUGACUGCUAACCACCAUCAGUCAGGCAGCAUGAUUUUUGACCACCAUGAAUCAGGCUACAUAACUGCUAACCACCAUGGAUCAGGCCACAUAACUGCUAACCACCAUGGAUCAGGCCACAUGACUGCUAACCACCAUGAAUUAGGCCACAUAACUGCUAACCACCAUGGAUCAGGCCACAUGACUGCUAACCACCAUGAAUCAGGCCGCAUGACUGCUAACCACCAUGAAUCAGGCCGAAUUACUGCUAACCACCAUGGAUCGGGCGGAAUGACUGCUAACCACCAUGGAUCAGGCCGCAUGACUGCUAACCACCAUGGAUCAGGCGGCAUGACUGCUAACCACCAUGGAUCAUGCGACAUGACUGUUAACCACCAUGAGUCAGGCAGCAUGAUUUUUGACCACCAUGGAUCAGGUGGCAUGACUGAUAACCACCAUGAGUCAGGCAGCAUGAUUUUUGACUACCAUGGAUCAGGUGGCAUGACUGCUAACCACCAUGAGUCAGGCAGCAUGAUUUUUGACCACCAUGGAUCAGGCGGCAUGACUGCUAACCACCAUGAGUCAGGCAGCAUGAUUUUUGACUACCAAGGAUCAAGUGGCAUGACUGCUAACCGGGAAUCAGGCGGGAUGACUACUAAAACCCAUGGAUCAGGCGGCAUGAUUGUUAACCACCACAAAUCAGGCGUGAAGGAUGUUAACCACCACAAAUCAGGCGUCAAGGAUAAUAACUACCAUGAAUCAGGCGACAUGGUUGCUAACCCUGGGUCAGACCGCAUGCCAUCUAAGGUGACAUGA